AUGGAUAUACAGUAUUGGACAAGGAUUGUAAUAAGAGCCAUUUUGUGCCUGUUUGGAAUUAUUGGCAACAACUGGCUGGCUCUUAGUUCCUGGCCAAAAUCCAUAUCUCAGGUGAGAACUAGUGACAUACUAUUUUUAAGUCUAUCUGUAUCCAAUCUGAUCACAAACUUGCUUGUGGACAUUCCAGACAUUAUGGACUUUGUAAACAGCUUUCCUACGGGAAGCCUCUACUGUAGCGCAUUCGAUUUUAGUUCCGAAUUAUCUGAGAGCAGCAGCAUCAUCACCACCAUGUUCAUCACUAUCUACUGGCAUCAGAAGCUUGUCGGUUCUCUGAAGCACGGAGGGGCUCCUGUGCCAAUGGACAACAUCAGACAUGCAGCAUCCAUGCUUGCAGGGAGCUGGACUAUAGCCUUUGUGUUUAACAUUCCCCGUUUGUUCUUUAUCUCUAAUGAGAUCAGCAAUGACAACCAGACCUUUAAAGAAUGUGCAGAAAAAUAUCCUUCUCCUGAAGUCAAGCAGAGCUAUGAAAUCCUGUACGUCUUACUCGUCAAUGUCAUUCCAGUGAUCGGGAUUCUUAUCGCGAGCAUCCAGAUUUCAAGCACUUUGCUGCAAAAUGAAAAGCGAAUAAAGGCCAACAACAAACCUGAAGUCAAGGUUAAAAAUGCAUCAGUAGAGGAUCCAAAAUCUCAACAAGGUUCAACAGGAGCAGUGGUGGCCAAAUCACAGACCAAAUCCAGCUCAUCUGCAAGAAGUUUGGUGCGAGCAGCAAAGAGUGUGUUGGCGGUGGCUACGAUUUUUCUUAUUUGCUGGGUGAUUCAUUCCGUUGUCACAAUCAUUGCCACCUUUAGGAAUUCUAUUCUGUUAAUAGAGUUGGCCAGCUACAUAGGAGCAUCCUACACCAACAUCAUCCCCUAUAUAUACCUGCAUGGUGUAAAGAAGUUUGCUUGCUGCUGA